AUGCUAUGGGAAAUUAUCUGCUUAAAUGUAAUUUAUGCAAUACAAAUCAUAAGACUACUAAGAAUAUUUUUGAAAAAUUGGAAAAAUCACAUUCUCGGUCACGACAAGAACAGCAUUCAAGUGUUAGAAACGUAUGAAAAACUUAUACAGGCUUACAGUUUGUACAAGGAGAUAUUUAAAACUAUGGCGCUAUUUCACUCUGCUAGCACGUUCUGCCGAAGUUUAAUCUAUAUCCAAAUGCACUUGGAAACAGAAAAUUUAUAUACAAAUUGGCGUAAAACUAUAAUUUUGGCGAUUGGACUCACAGGAACAGUUUUAACAUUAGCAAAGAAUUUAACCUUAAUUGUGCUAUUAUCUUUGCAUUGCGAGAAAUUUUAUGGAGCUUGUGAAGAAAUCGAAAGAGCCUGUACCAUCCACUUGAUGAGUUCUGAUUGCACAGGUAUAGUUCAAGUUUUUGAUGGGUAA